AUGGCCGACCCCUUCGAAGUACGCAUGCAGUUCACGAAACAACUCCAGCGUCUCAACGCGACCGAGAUGUCCGCCAAGAAAGCCGCGAAUUAUGCCAUCCGCUACAAAGACAUGGACGAAGACUUGCACUCCUGCAUCCUUGAACAGCUCGACUACCGCGACGAAAUGAACCGUGCAAACAUGAACAACAGGGCUAAUAUCAUGUAUUUCAUCAAAGAAUUAUGCGACUCGGCCACGAAAGAAGGGCAUUUGGAGUUUGUGAGAAUGACGCAGCGCGAUAUACUCAAAAUUAUUGAUGCAGUGGCGCCAAGUGAUGGAUCGGGCGCCGCGAACGUGAAGGUUGUGAGGAAGGUACUUAAUGUGCUACAGGAUAUCAAGGUGUUGCUGCCGCAGACGGUGCUGGAGCUGGAGGACCUGAUGAAGGAGAGGGAUGUUAGUGCAGCGCAUCCGGCUUUCGAUGAGAAUCCUAUGAUUGGCGUUCAGACGGGAGACGAAGUAGCGAAUAGUAGAUUGAAUGGCAGUCGCCUUGACAAAAGACAGAUCGAACAGAGGAUCGAGGAGGAUCGAGAGAGGCAUAAGCGGUUGAGAGAAACGAUCUGGGCUGUUAGUGGGGAAGACAAUGCUGAGUUCGACAAGCUCUGGGAAGAAACAAGUGAUAUUUGCGAAGAUGAUUUUAUAAUGGCUCGAGAGGAAGCUGAAGAGCGACGACAGGCAGCAGCAUUUGCAUGA